CGAGCGUCGCGGUGGGGUCGCGGGUCGGGGUCCGGGGUGGGGGGCGUGCGCGCCUGGGACCUUCCGGCCCCGCGCUUCCGGUCCCCCUUGCCCGGCUCCCCCGCGCUCCCGGCGCCGGGCCGGGCCCGGCCGUUCCCUCCGCGCGCGCGUGGCCUCCCCGCCUGCCCCGGGCGGGACUCCCACCGAGAAACCCCCGCGCAACCCCACCCGGUACCCCGACACCUCCCGGGCAUGGCCGGGGCCCGCACGCCCCGCGCCCCGCAGCUCGCGCGGCUCCGCCCGCCGCCCGGGGUCGGCCGGUGACCGCACGCCCUUCAGGCCCAGGACGGGAGGAGGGGACGACCCGGGGACCUCCACCCGCACCCGCCCCAGGCAGGUCCCCACGAAUGAGUGGCAGUCCGGGCGGCAGCCUGCGGCGGGCCGAGAAGCGAUGGAGACUAAUAAAGGGCUGGAGAGCUCGCAGGCAGACCUGAAGCUGGUGGCGCACCCGCGCGCCAAGAGCAAGGUGUGGAAGUACUUCGGCUUCGACACCAACGCGGAGGGAUGCAUCCUGCAGUGGAAGAAGAUCUACUGCCGCAUCUGCAUGGCGCAGAUCGCCUACUCCGGGAACACCUCCAACCUGUCCUACCACCUGGAGAAGAACCACCCCGAGGAGUUCUGCGAGUUCGUCAAGAGCAACACGGAGCAGAUGCGCGAGGCCUUCGCCACCGCCUUCUCCAAGCUGAAGCCCGAGGCGGCCCAGCCGCCCGGUCCCGACGCGCUGGCCGCCAAGGCCGCCCACGGCCACGACAGCAAGAAGCAGCAGGAGCUGACGGCCGCCGUGCUGGGCCUCAUCUGCGAGGGGCUGUACCCGGCCUCCAUCGUGGACGAGCCCACCUUCAAGGUGCUGCUCAAGACGGCCGACCCCCGCUACGAGCUCCCCAGCCGCAAGUACAUCUCCACCAAGGCCAUCCCUGAGAAGUACGGCGCCGUCCGCGAGGCGGUCCUCAAGGAGCUGGCCGAGGCCACCUGGUGCGGCAUCUCCACGGACAUGUGGAGGAGCGAGAACCAGAACCGCACCUAUGUGACGCUGGGCGCCCACUUCCUGGGUGCGGGCCCCCCCGGCUGCCUCUCCGUGGGCUCGCGCUGCCUCAAGACGUUCGAGGUGCCCGAGGAGAACACGGCGGAGACCAUCACGCGCGUGCUCUACGAGGUCUUCAUCGAGUGGGGCAUCGGCGCCAAGGUGUUCGGCGCCACCACCGACUACGGCAAGGACAUCGUGAAGGCCUGCUCGCUGCUGGACGUCGCGGUGCACAUGCCGUGCCUGGGCCAGGCCUUCCAGGCCGCCAUCCAGCAGGCCUUCCGGCUCCCGAAGCUGGGCGCGCUGCUGGCGCGCUGCCGCAGGCUGGUGGAGUACUUCCAGCAGUCCGCCGUGGCCAUGUACAUGCUGUACGAGAAGCAGAAGCAGCAGAACGCGCCGCACUGCAUGCUGGUCAGCAACCGCGUGUCCUGGUGGGGCAGCACGCUGGCCAUGCUGCAGCGCCUCAAGGAGCAGCAGUUCGCCAUCGCGGGCGUGCUGGUGGAGGACAGCAACAGCCACCACCUCAUGCUGGAGGCGGGCGAGUGGGCCACCAUUGACGCGCUGGUGAAGCUGCUGCAGCCCUUCAAGCAGGUGGCGGAGAUGCUGUCGGCCUCCCGGUACCCGACCAUCAGCAUGGUGAAGCCGCUGCUGCACAUGCUCCUGAACACCACGCUCAGCGUCAAGGAGACGGACGCCAAGGAGCUCAGCAUGGCCAAGGAGGUCAUCGCCAAGGAGCUCUCCAAGACCUACCAGGAGGCCCCCGAGAUCGACAUGUUCCUCAACGUGGCCACCUUCCUGGACCCGCGCUACAAGCGGCUGCCCUUCCUCUCCGCCUUCGAGCGGCAGCAGGUGGAGAACCGCGUGCUGGAGGAGGCCAAGGGCCUGCUGGACAAGCUCAAGGAUGGCGGCGGGGGCGGCUACCGCCCGGCGGAGGACAAGAUCCUCCCGGCCGCGGCCCCCGAGGAGCCGCCCGUGAAGAAGCUCAUGCGCGCGUCCACGCCGCCGCCCACCAGCGUCAUCAACAGCAUGCUGGCGGAGAUCUUCUGCCAGACGGGCGGCGUGGAGGACCAGGAGGAGUGGCACGCGCAGGUGCUGGAGGAGCUCAGCAACUUCAAGUCGCAGAAGGUGCUGGGCCUCAACGAGGACCCUCUCAAGUGGUGGUCCGAUCGCCUGGCCCUGUUCCCCCUGCUCCCCAAGGUGCUGCAGAAGUACUGGUGCGUGGCGGCCACGCGGGUCGCACCCGAACGUCUCUUUGGCUCCGCCUCCAACGUGGUCAGUGCCAAGAGGAACCGGCUGGCCCCCGCGCACGUGGACGAGCAGGUCUUUCUGUACGAAAACUCCCGUGGCGGGGCGGAGGCGGAGCCUGAGGACCAGGAUGAGGGGGAGUGGGGCCUGGACCAGGAACAGGUGUUCCCCCUGGGGGACGGCGUCAGCGGCGGCUUCUUUGGCAUCAGGGACAACAGCUUUCUGUAGCGACGGACCCUCUCGUCUUAGAGGUCACCCCCGCGGGAGUCCGCGGGGUGCUUUACUGUACAUACCCACGCGGUUGGCUCCGUUUUGAACCUCAGAGACCAUCCACCGUCUUUGAUGCCUAGUUGGGAAGGCAGAAAAAGGAAAGAGAUGCCAGAAGUGAGAGAGAGCUGGGCGCGGGGGCUCACGCCUGUAAUCCCAGCACCUUGGGAGGCCAAAGCGGGCAGAUCACCUGAGGUUAGGAGUUCGA